UUUUUGGUAAAUACAUCGGCUUCGCCAAGCUAAAACGACAAAAAAUGAUUUUUAUUUGGAAAGAUAGAUUCAUAGUUUGCUUUAAGGUGGUUGGAAUAUGUAGUAUUUUGUAGAUUGAUAGUUUUUAACAUGGGAUUAAGUGCAAGAACAAGGACUAGACUUGUUUUUAUUCCGUGAUGACCUCUCAAGAGUGCGUGCUGGAAUUACAAGAUCUUGGUGGUGGACAAGCGGUUACAAAAGUCAACGGAGUCCGCACAAACCGAGACGUGUCCGGAAGUCACAUAAGUGGACCCUGCUUGAUCCUUGAGGGACACCCUGAGACUGACUUGAGGCAACGAAGAGUAUCAAGAGUUGUAGCUGAUGAUAAAAGUAUAUCAGUUCACGAUGAUUUGGGAUCUGCUACUGCGCAUGACAAGGACGGCGCAGUGUCUGAGGAAGAUCCUCUGGAUCGGCUACCCACGAGUGAGGAGGACACGUUCGAGAGCAUUCAAGUUCAGCUAGACAUUAUCAAGUCUCUUAGAGAGCAAAGCUGGCCGAUGAGCCGGAAACUACAAACACUGAGGUCCGCUAAACACAUUGUAAAGGAAUACACAGUCAAGUUAAGUAGACUGGACCUGCUAAGGGAGUCCAGAAUAAGGUUCUUACGCCGUGCAAAAAGACAAAUAAACAAUUUCAUCGUGUUCUUCAUUCCCUGGGAGAAGAGGAUACGAAAAAUUCAAGGUCACUUUGGUGCUGGUAUCGGCUCGUUCUUCCUAUUCUUGCGGUCUCUCGUCUGGGUCAACACGGUCAUGUUCGUCUUUACAACACUAUUCAUCAUCGUCCCACAGAUUUUGGCUCCUUCAACAAGCACAAAGAUGCCGGACGAGCUGCGAUCCAGUGCUUCCUCCUUAAUAGCAAUUAUAGAUGCAAAGGGUCACUUGGAGUACUCUUUUUUGUUCUACGGUUACUAUAGUAACAAGUCAUUACAAAUUGGCAACGUGCGGUACCCUCUACCGCUGGCCUACAUCGUUGUGUUCCUGGGUACAUACGUGUUCAGCGUCCUCACCAUCCUUAGAGCUAUGGCCCAGGAACAGCGCAAUUCGCAGUCGUCAGGUCAGCAUGACCAGUACAAGUUUGGGUGGCGAGUAUUUACUGCUUGGGAUUUCCUUAUUACGGAGAAGGAGACAGCAGAGAACAAAGUCGCCUCUAUUACUACGACAAUCAAGGAACAAAUACUUGAAGAAACUGAAAAAGCCAAGGAGGAAAACAUUCACUUGUUACGCUUUCUGCGAGUUCUGGCCAAUUUCCUGGUCAUUUGCGUGUUGGGUGGCAGCGGGUACGCCAUCUUUUGGGUGGUACAGCGAUCAGAAGACAGGAAGACGAGCAAUGUCCCUCCAACCAUCCUAGAGCAGUAUGAGAUAUCCCUGGCCAUGACCAUACUAAACAUGGUCUGCCCGUCACUCUUUGUCCUGAUUGGAAUGCUGGAAAAGUACCAUCCGCGGACCGCGUUGUACUGGGAAUUAACAAGGAUCAUGGUUAUGUACUUAGGUAACCUUUACGUACUACUGAUCUCGCUCCUCAACAUGAUAAACGAGUCUAUGGCGUCAAGUAAAACAAGUGUGACAACCAACUCAACUGUGUUUCCGACAAACGCUUCGACGGCGACGAUUCCGCCUUCAACGAUAUCAACGACAACAUUUCCUCUAAACAGCACAGUAGCAUCACCGACUAAUUGUUGGGAGACCGUGGUUGGCCAGGAAUUGCUAAAGGUCACGGUCCUGGACACCAUAGCGCUAGUGAUCAGCAUCAUCACGAGUGAUCUGCUCACAGCCAUGGUCGUUAGGUUCCUAAACUGCUGUCCAGGAAGAAUGCUAGACCUGGAAAAUCUGAUUGGUUACCCAGAAUUUACGCUAGCAGAAAAUGUCCUUCAACUCAUCUACAAUCAAGGGCUAAUAUGGAUUGCCAUGGUGUUUUCUCCCGGCAUCAUCAUCGUUAACCUCGUCAAGUCCGUCAUCAUCAUGUACAUACGAAGCUGGGCUGUCAUGGUUACAAACGUCCCGCCCAAGCGCAUCUUCAAGGCGUCUCACCAGUUCUAUCUUGUGUUACUUCUACUGAUGCUUUUCCUCUGCCUUCUCGCAGUUGGAUAUGCUAUGGUCCAACUUGAGCCGUCGCUGGGGUGCGGUCCUUUCAGGGGAAAGCAUAGGAUGUACGUUGUGAUAACCGAUGCUGUGGAUAAUUCGCCAGCAGUUGUAAACGCUGUACUCGACUAUCUAAGUGGACCAGGAGUUAUCAUACCAAUUAUAAUCAUAUUGGCAAUUGCUAUUUUCUACUUCAAGUCGAAAGCUUCAUCUUACAGAAAGAUGAACAGAGAUCUUGUGAUGCAGUUACAAUAUGCGAGAACAGAAGAUAGGAAAAGAACUCUGGAAAUCGCAGCAGGUGGCAAACGAUCCAAAGGAUCCAAAAAGAAAAAGCCCGCAAAACCACCUGCCCUUCCACCACCCUCAGAGUCACCAGUUUGGCGGACAGGCAACGCACUUUCUAGCGCCAAAAAAGACAAAAAGCGCCAACCUGAAGACAUGCAGUCACUCACACACCAUGAAUUCAUAUCUAACGGCUGCGCAGGCAAUCAGCACAUGCGCAAUGGAAAGAAACCUCCGCGAAGGAGACAGAAGAAGACGGCAUUUACGUCAAACGACAGUAUAAACAUUAUGGUCCAUAGGGAUCAUCGUGAGCCUUCGAUAAGCUCGACUGAGCUAACGCGAACUCGCAACCAUCGGCACAGGGAGUUUCAACACUUCAUUCGCAAUAGACAUGCGCAGUUACACGAGUCUAGCGAAGUCGAAGCUGACGACAGUGACACAGACAAUCAAGCCCAUUCCACUGCGACCGUUACAUCCGGGACACAGCAUUCUAGGCGCAUGUCAAAAGUAUCAGUGACAGCCUUUUCUGAAGUACCAGACACUUCUUUCCAGUCCUCCUCAGUUCCCCCACUCGAAAACCCAGCGGAAGAGAAAAUGUACCCAAGGCCUGGUUCAAUAGCUGAAUACCAGGUGCAGAUGAAAAGUCAACCCCAGUCCUCCGCAGCCAGUUUAUCCACGCCUGAUGCCAAAUCCCUCCGCCAAUCAUCUGCCGAGAUUGAGAUGUGCACACCGGAUAUGUCAUCCUUCCGUAAAGGAGAAGCCUCUAUUGAUGAUGAUGCUAUUAAGGACAUUUUUGAGGAAAUUGCAAAAACGGCUGAUGAGCCGCAAGAUGAAGGUCUGGUCAGCAGUGAAAGCUCACGGCGAGCGGACUGGGGCGGUUCGCUAGGUGAUAUGUUUGGUAACGACUUGCAAAUGGAUACUGCAGGUUUCCAUAGCAACCAGGGCUACGAAUCUGACGAAACUAAAUUUUGACGAAACUAAAUUUUGCCCAAUUAUACAUGUGUCAUUAAUGACAAUAUUCCUUUUGAAUGAGCAAGUAAAUUGUAGAAAUGGGAAUAGGGAGUGUGAUGAGCAAAUUUCUCUGUGAUUGCCAGACAAAAGAAUAGUAUCCAUUCAGGGGCAUUACGGAAGAAAAGACUGAUUACAAGGUCAAACAACUCAGUGGGAAUAGUUUCUAAAAUGUAGGUUUUUUCAUUUAUUUAUUAAGUUGCAUUCCAUCGUUUGAGUGUUUUUUAUCGAGUACUUGAAAAAUCUUCAAAUGCUAUUUAAGAUCAACUUUCAAGAAUGUCUUGGUAGCAUACCAAGGUUUCUCAUAUUUGUUUUUCCACGCUUGUAGGAGAAAUGUAUUAGCUACACCUGUGUAAAAUUGUAAUAGAUAAGCUAGUCAUUAUUUUACCUAAUACCGUGUUUAGUUAUGCUGUUAUGAAAAUAUCUGAUAUAAUCUUUGUGAAAAAUAGACCUUUUCAUAUGCCUUUAUGAUAAUCAUAAUUACAAACGAUUCGAAAAUAAGCUUUCGAGUCAUUACGAUAUGAUACGAUAUUCAUAUCUAUAAUAUACUUAUUGGCUUCCAAAAAAACGGUUAAUAAAAAUGUAAUAAAUCGCACAAAUUUCCAAAAUA